AUGACAAUGUCAGUUAAACUGCCGACGCAGCCACCCAUCCCUAGGGAUGUGUCGGCUUCCUUCGCCGCCGCCACGGCGAAGGACGACAAGGAAGCGAAGCAGGCGUCGGGCGGGAAAUCGACAGACGCGGGAAAAGCCGAUGCCUCCGGGAAGGCUCCGUUCGUCGCUUCCGCGGGGAUCGACGCCGCUGCCAUUCCCGCGUUCCCGCCCGCCAUGGCCGGCUUCAUGCAGGGAGCCAAGUUCCCUCUGCCGCAGGUGGGCGCGAACCCCUUCGCGCCGCCCGCGGGGUACCCUCCUAUGCCGGUACCUCCGCCGCACUCCGGCCCCGCAGGGUCCCAGCCCGGCGCAGCCGGCACCGCGCAGUGGAACGCCAUGCUCCAGUACUACGCCUACUACUCCUACCUCCUCUGCAACGGCGGCAUGGGAGGCCCAGUCGUCGACGGCGCCGUACCCCGGGUCGCGCCGCCCCCGCUCGUGGACGUGACCGCGUGGCGGCCGGGUGCCGCGCCGGGGGGCGUGCCCGGGAUGCCCCACCACGCGGGGAUGCCGGGCGCUCCUCCCGGGAUGACCGCGGCUCACAUGCAGAGCGUGGCCGCCAUGGUGGCCGCCAUGGGCGCGGGUCAGCACGCCAUGGCUGCGGCCGCCGCGGCGAUGGCGGCGCCCCACGGAGGCAAGAGGGGCGACCACGGCAAGAAGCGGGAGCGGCGGGGCGACGAUUCGGGCGACGACGCCAGCGACUCGGGGGGCUCGAGCUCGUCGAAGCGCGGGAAGAAGCGCGGCGCCAACGGCGGCGAGCAGAAGACGUGCGUUAACUGCGGGGUGAGCCGCACGCCGUUCUGGAGGAAGGAACGCGUCGGGGGUGGGUCGCUGUGCAACGCCUGCGGGCUCUACCUCGCCAAGAACGACGCGCCGAGGCCGGCUAUGCUGUGGAGGAGGGGCGGCUCAGGGAUGGGAGCCGCGGAGGGGGCGGCGGCGGCGGCGGCGGUUGGUUCCAUCGCGGGCGCGGGCGCUGGAACCGACGCGGUUCCGGUCCCGACCCCCGCGGCGGCUGCUUUUCCGGCGGCUCCAGUGCCGACGGCGACCGCGGCGGCGACCGAGGCUGAGGAGCCGGCGAAGGCUGAGGAGCCGGCGAAGGCUGAGGAGCCGGCGAAGGCUGAGGAGAGCGUUGAGGCGGAGCCGAAGAAGGAGGAGCCCGCGCCCGCGCCCGCGCCGUGA